CUCCUUACUAGUCCCUGCACAUCUAGGAGGAGGACUGCCUGCUUGUCAAGGUUAUUUCUCACAUAGUCCAGCAUGGAGUACACAGCUUCUCCCAAGCCCCAGCUCUCCUCCAGGGCUAAUGCCUUCUCCAUUGCGGCCAUCAUGUCUAGUGGGACAGUCAAGGACAAGGACACCGAGAGUACAAUCAAACCGCUGGAACAAUUUGUGGAGAAGUCAUCAUGUGGGCAGCCUCUGAGUGACAUAUCCAGUGUGGACCCUCAUGGGGACUUUAGCAGCAGUCCUGUUACUCUGUGUACAGAGCCCCUAAUCCCCACAACUCCCAUCAUCCCCAGCGAAGAGAUGGCCAAGAUUUCUUGCAGCCUGGAAACCAAGGAGCUCUGGGACAAAUUCCAUGACCUAGGGACAGAAAUGAUCAUUACCAAGUCUGGAAGGAGGAUGUUUCCUACAAUCAGGGUCUCAUUUUCAGGAGUUGAUCCAGAUGCCAAGUAUAUAGUUCUAAUGGAUAUAGUGCCCGUUGACAAUAAGAGAUACAGAUAUGCCUAUCACAGAUCAUCUUGGCUGGUGGCAGGAAAAGCAGAUCCUCCUCUACCUGCUCGGUUAUAUGUCCAUCCAGAUUCGCCAUUUACUGGGGAGCAAUUGCUAAAGCAAAUGGUUUCCUUUGAGAAAGUCAAGCUCACAAACAAUGAACUGGACCAACAUGGUCAUAUCAUCCUGAACUCCAUGCACAAGUACCAGCCAAGGGUGCACAUCAUCAAGAAAAAGGACCACACGGCUUCUCUGCUGAACCUGAAAUCAGAAGAAUUCAGGACAUUUAUUUUUCAAGAAACCGUCUUUACUGCUGUUACAGCGUAUCAAAAUCAAUUGAUAACCAAACUGAAAAUUGACAGCAACCCUUUUGCCAAAGGAUUCCGAGACUCAUCCAGGCUUACUGAUAUUGAGAGGGAGAGUGUAGAAAGUCUUAUACAGAAGCAUUCAUAUGCAAGAUCUCCCAUCAGGACAUAUGGAGGAGAUGAAGAUGUUUUGGGUGAAGACAGUCAAAUAAUACAGAGCAGAGGAUCAGCUUUUACUUCAUCUGACAACUUGUCGCUUACGUCCUGGGUAUCCUCAACAUCAGGAUUCUCUGGUUUUCAGCACCCACAAACAUUGACGGCACUGGGCACCAGCACUGCUUCUCUUGCCACUCCGAUCCCCCAUCCAAUUCAAGGAUCCCUGCCUCCCUAUAGCCGACUAAGCAUGCCUCUCACGCCUACAGCUCUUGCAAGUACCAUGCAAGGAAGUGGACCUACAUUCCCUUCCUUCCAUAUGCCCAGGUAUCACCAUUACUUUCAGCAGGGGCCUUAUGCAGCCAUCCAAGGACUGCGACACUCCUCUGCUGUGAUGACCCCAUUUGUAUGACUGUAAUUGAUACACAGAAACCUAAAACAUAUACAUAGAAAUAAAUGUGACUGGAUCAGAUAAGAGUUAACAGGGUCAAAUACAUCACAUGCUGUUUCAAUGAACUGAUCAUGGUCCAUUAAUAAGAAAAGCACUGUACCUCUUUGUAAAACUGGACUCCAGCCAAGCAUGUUUUCAAGCCUUGAAGAAAUACAUAAAGCAAAGCUCAGCUACUAUAACCUUUUCUAGUGAAGAGUUAACCAAUAACUACACUAACACGAGGCAACCUGAAAUGUCAGUCUGAAGAAAAUUUACAGUUUGGAAGUUGUUUUAUCCCUCUCCGUAAUUUCUUACUAGAUAUCUCCCUAGCUUUAUGUCCAUUGCUGCUUUAAUAUUCCAAAUGGAGUGUACAGGAUUGUACAUAUUAAGCUUUUCCUGUAAACAUUGCAAUAAUUACUCAAUAUUAUGUCCAAUUAUUGCAAGACAGAUGCAGAGUGGUUUAUAGGAGAUGUAAUGCAUGUUUAAACACCCUGUGGUCAUAAUGUGCAUCAUAUGGACCAGUGCAACACAACUCUACUCUACACACCGGACUUCUGAGAUGCUCAUCUCCGUAUUGAACGUGUGGAGAAUUUGAAGUCAUGGGAUGCUCCCGUACACAUGGAACCUUAGAAGACCACUCUCAUAGGCCACUUCUUGCACUUGAGUGCUAACAUUUAGCAAUAACAAGGAUCGGUGUAUUUUAUAUUUGUUUCAAAUUCUUAUUUUUUAAGAACAAUAUUCAUCAGUUUUAUGGGCACAAGUAACACUUUGUGGUUGAUGAAACUAUUCUGCAGACUUGAUGGAAAACUGGACUACAACCUCUAUGUACAGGUUCUGGGAUGGCGAAGUUACAUUUUAAAGGUUAUGAAACUACCAAGAUUAAUAUCAAUAUAAACAAUUGAAAAUAAUAUUUAUAUUGGCCCUUCAGAAUUUAGCAUUUUUAGGAUUUUCUGAAACCACUGCUUUGUCAAGCAGAUUGUUAAUGUUGUGUUUAUUUUAUAUAUAUUUUAUAACUGUUAAAGUAUAUUUUAUUAUUUAUUGAACUAAGUCCAAAGCCUGUAGUAGUCACUUCUUUCCAUUAACUAUUACAAUUUAUAGGUUACUUUAGGCUGUAAAACAGGAUAUACACGGAGGCAUACCGCUCUCUAUGUCUCAACUGGGUAAACUCCAAACUGUUGAAAUGAUAUGUGAAGACGUCCGAUGAUGCACAAAUGGCACCUAAUGUCUUUGCAAAUGCUGAUACUGACAGAUAAAACUACAUAGCUUAAUAGAAAUUUACACAGAAAAAUACUUGUGUAGUAAUAGUUUAUUAAAGGACCUUUCUUCUUUAAUGAACUUUUGAAGUUUUCUUAAAGUUUAGUCUGAUUUAAUAGGGAAGGUUUUUUCUUGGGGAACCUCUUUAUAAGUGCAAAGCAGCUCUUGUGCUGGAGGACCUGGUGUAGUCAUGCAUUACAGCAGGAUUUUGAAGGGACCAAUAACACUGUGUACCUGAUGCCAAUAAUAACUUUAUUCCAAUGAAAAAGUGUUGUCCCAUUAAAUAAGGUCAACAUAUGAUGAGGUGAUCAAACAUAGUCUUUCUUUCCAACAAUUACUGAUAAAUUGAAGAAAUAAAAUUAAUUUGAAU